AGUUAGCCUCUGACCGUGAAUAUGUUUUUAGCUUGAAACCAGCAGUUGGUUGAGUGGGUACUAUGGACGAUAAGGCAGAAGUUACAUCGUCUUUAAAGAAGCACGAUAUUGGAGACGAGUUUUCUCAUUUAUCCUCCUUCCCCAAAGCGUCAGUACUGAUCCCGCUUUUCCUGAGAGAAGGACAGCUUCAUGUGCUCCUCACGGUCCGCUCUACUGAACUCAAACACAACCCUGGAGACGUGUGUUUUCCAGGGGGAAAAGCUGAUCCGCAAGAUCGGGAUGAAAUUGACACAGCACUGAGGGAGGCUUUGGAGGAGAUCGGCCUUCCUCCUGAUGGAGUUGAAGUGGUUUGCAGACUCUGUCCUCUGUUAAAUCAGAGAGGCCUUCUGGUGACCCCAGUGGUGGCUUUCAUCAGUGACUCCUUCCAAGCGAGCCCAAACCCAGAUGAAGUGAGCGAGGUGUUCUCUGUGCCAGUGGAGCUCUUCCUGAAGGAGGCUAAUCACUCAGUGUACCCUGUACCCAGCGUAUUUGGAUAUACACACAGUUUCAUCUACACAGACCCUGUCACAGGCAAGAUCCAACAUAUCUGGGGACUAACAGCCUUUUUGCUUAUAUUAUUGGCUGUUUUGACUUUUGAAAAGAAGCCAGAGUUUGAAGUGGGCUUUGAUUUGGAGAAUCCGGUUGCUAACUUUCGGCUAUACCUUCAACAAAGGUUAAGCAAGUUGUAACUCAUUUCAUUUACAGAAUGAGGUGAAACUUGUGGCUUAUUCCUAAAACAAUUGUGUUUUUUUUUUAACUCAUUCAUUCACCUUCAGUACUUCUGGUCAGGGUUGUGGUGGAUCCAGAGCCUAUCCCAGAAACUUUGGACAUGGUGCGCACACACACAUUCACAUUGAGGACCAAUACAGUAUAGCCAAUCCACCUACAUGCAGGUUUUGAGAAGAUGAGAGGAAACCAGAGAACCUGAAGAAACCCACAUGGAUGUGGAAAAAGCAUGCAUGUACCGUAGAUAAUAAUCCGAGAUCACGAUCAAACCUGGGACCCUGGAGCUGAGGCAGCAAUGCAGCCCAUUGCACCACAGUGCCACAGUCAAAUUCAUAAAUUCAAAUAACUGAGGAUUCAAAUCAGUCCUUGAUUCAAAUCAGCCGAGACUACUUUAUAAACCACUUUUGUUCAUUUGUAGGAAACAGGACCUUUGCUCUGAAUAUAUCGUAAAAAUUCAGAAAAAAAUCAAGUAAAAUACACAGAGAUUGUAAUUUUAAAUAUACUCAGUUAAAAUAUAUAUUUGGAAGUACCAAAUCUGGCCCAAGUGCUUGAAUAACUUCAUAUCUAAUAUAUUGCUAAAACUCGUAUACUGAUAGUAGCAUUGCUAAUAUCAGGGGACGUUAUAAAUAUUCCACUUUGAUUAUUAUUAUUAUUAUUAUUAUUAUUAUUAUUAUUAAAUAAACUUACCUGAUAGUAAUAGGUAUGGAAUGAGCCAUGAUGAUUGGAAUAAAAUUACAGGCCGAGCCCUGUAUCCCAGUGAUGCACAUUUGUUGUCUGCCAUAUUCUCAUAGUGGACUGUGCUCAAUGAAUUUUGUGUGUCAAAUAAAAAGCAUGAUCUCACGUCUCCUCA